AUGAGUGAAGUUGCCAAAUCCGCUGCUGGUGCGACGGCAAAGGAGAUUCUCCCAUCUUUAGGGGCUUCAGGCGCCAUUUACGCAGCUGUCACACUCAGCGCACUGGCAUUCCCUGAUGCUAGUAUCAGCCUCAUAUUCCUCCCGUUCUUUGCAAUUCCUAUCCAGUCAGGUGUGGGUGCUAUUAUAGCCUUGGACGCUAUUGGUAUAUUGCGUGGUUGGAAGAUGUUUGAUCAUUAUGCGCAUUUGAGCGGCGCGACUUUUGGAGUGUUGUACUAUUUGUAUGGACCACAAUGGUGGGAUUCUAUGAGGAUUAUCCACGAUCCUACGGAGGAAGAAAAAGAAAAGUCGGAAGCAUAG